AUGGUGGAAGUAGGAGUAGGAAACGACGCAUGGGAUGCACUGAAGAAGUCAUCAGUUGGAGUUUUUCCUAGACUUUACGAGCUUGAUUUCAUAUGGUCUGCAAAGGUUGUUCAUUACCUCUUAACGCAUCAGCUGGUAGUUAGAAAGAACUAUGAGAUAUGGUCGUUAAUUGAUUGGCAGCCGAUUCGUCUCUCUUUGUUAGAGUUUGGUGAGAUAACUGGUUUGAAUUGUGAUAUGUUUGAUAAUGGCGACCUUUGCAAAGUUGACCAUAAAGAAUUUUGGGCAGAACUGAAUGUGUGUACAACUGUUGGUCCUAGUCUGAAUGAGUUGCUGUUGGUAUUGGGAAGAUGCAAGAACUGGAGUCUUGAGAAAAGGAUUAUGGUAGGACGGUUGUGUAUUUUGCAUAUCGCAAUAUUUGGCAUAGCUCCUACACGUCGGAUCCCGUUGGAGUGUGCAAAGCGAGUACUUGAUUUUGAAGCUUUCGAGAGAUAUCCAUGGGGUCGAGUUGCAUGUAAGAGUUUGAUACACUCCAUUAAGUGUGUCAGUUAUGACGCAAAGAAAUCAUAUACAAUGGAAGGAUUUGUGUACGUGCUACUCAUAUGGGGAUAUGAGGCUGUUACUGGCCUAGGAGAGCAGUACGGAAACAAAAUUGUUGGGGCAGAAGUUCGUGUACGGCAUUUCUUUUCACACGUUGACAAGAAUUUAGUCCCUAAAUGGGAUGGUGAGCUUGAAGAUGAAAAUGUGAACCACUUGAUCCGUGAUAUACUUGAUGACUGUGUCAAUCAGGAUUCAGCAAACAAGGAUAAGAAGGCUAAACCUAUGGAAGAUGGUCGGUAUAAUGCUGACGGUAAUGAUACGCCAAGCACUGCGAUGUUGACCAUGUUGAAGACUCUGACCGAAAAAGUAGACAACAUGAACACCAAUAUGGCUACUAAAUUAAUGGCUGGUUUGGAUGCAGCAAUUGGUACGAAGGUUGAUGUCAUAAUUGGUCCCUUAAUUGAGAAAGUCGCCAUCUUGGAGAUGGAAAUGCGAAAGAUGAAAGGAAAAAUGUCUUGGAUGGUGGAGAUUAAAUCCACGUCUCAGGAUGGUAUACCAGCUCGACAUGUUGUUAAGAAAGUAACGAAGACAUGCAAAAAAGGUGGAGAUAUGGGACUUGAUAAGAAUAAUUUGUUUGAGAAUAAGGUUUUCAAAACCAAGAUACAAGUCCCACAUCUACUCGAUACUGCCUCUGAGGAAACAUGGUCUGAUACAAAGCAGCGUGAAAAAAUUAGAAAAGUUAGUGAUGGCUUAGAUGAAAUUGCAGCAGCAGCUAGAAAGUUUAAUAAGCCUACAUCUUCCACGCCUCAGCUGAAGCGCCAAACAAAGUUAGCAUCGUCUCAGUUAUUUCCAUUCAUAGGAAAUUCUACCGUCAAGCGCAUCAUCACAGGUGUAAUACCAUCUGUCUUAGCAUAUGAUCCGUUUGCUGUUGUUGAAGACACUAAAAUUCGGAACUUACUACAUUUUCUACUGGAUGAUGAGGAGGAACCGGACAGAACCUCUGAAUGUAGUGUCGAAUUUUAUAAAGUGCUUAUAACUCCAAGAGAAGAGUGGCGUACACCUACAUAUUGUUGGCUGACUAACUGGCAUAUGUGGUCUGCAAUGCAUAUGUUCCAUAAGAGAUCUCUUUGUGAUCCUUUACCGUACCAUUCUCAGCGCAUUGUGUUUUUGGAUCAGUGUGUCAUCAUCAAACUUGUCAGUGAUUUCAAAGAGUUCAACCCUAAAACGUGGAGUGCAACGAAUAUAUAUAAGGGUAUUUUCAAUGGCACAUAUCCAGCUGACCGCAUCACAAACAAGAAGUGGCUUCAAGAUGUUGAUCAUCUGUAUGCAUGUCAUUUCAUAAAUGGUAAUCACUGGGUUGCUUUGGAUAUUGACUUGGGGAAGGAAACCAUUCACGUGUAUGACAGCAUUCUUAGCAUAGUAGAGGACAAUAAAGAAAUUCGAAAUGUUUGUCGGCCUUUUGCGAAGAUGAUUCCGACGAUUCUGAAUGCUAUGGUUCCUACUACUCUUCGGAAGAAAAGUGAUAAACAAUUCGCUGUACGAAGACUGAGAACCGUUCCACAAAAUGAAAAACCCGGAGACUGUGGUGUUUAUACUAUAAAGUACAUUGAGUGCUUGGCAAUUGGUUGCACAUUUGAAGGGUUAAGUGAUAAAAACAUUCCAGAUAUUCGAAAGAAUCUAGCUGCUGAGAUUUAUGUGCAACGACUGCAAAAGCAAUUGGAAAUACUGACGACUGCAAAAGCAAUUGGAAAUAUUUGA